AUGGCCAAACUGAUGAAUUUGCUAAUGUUCAUCAUCUUCUUGGUUCCUUUAUUGUUCAGCCCUUGCCAAUGCUGUCCUCAAUAUCAGAAAGAAAAGCUCCUUCAAUUCAAAUCUUUAAUUGUCGGAAACACUACUAAUACUUCCUCAGUUUCAAGCUUCCUACCGUCGUGGAACUCCUCCGAUACUUCCAGUUGCUGUCGGUGGGAAAGAGUGUUUUGCAAAUCGCAGUUGAUUACUGAUCUUCAACUCGAAAAUAUUACUCAUUUAGCGGCAUCUGGAUCUGUUGUGACAUCUGAUGUUUUAACUCCACUUUUUCACUUGAAAACACUCACCCGUCUUGAUAUUUCUAACAAUAAUAUACACGGUCAAAUCCCAGGAGCAGGAUUUGCCAAUCUGACCAACCUCGUCUCUCUUGAUAUGUCUGAAAAUCGUUUCACUGGUUCCAUUCCUCCUCAGUUAUUUUCUUUAAAGAAUUUGUCGGUUCUGUACUUGAAUUUUAACUUGCUCCGAGGAGAUCUUGUAAUGCUCGGAAACCUCACUAGUUUGGAAAAACUUUUACUUAAAGACAAUAAGUUUUCUGGAUCAAUUCCGUCAUCGCUGUUUGGUUUGAAAGAAUUGCACGAUUUGGAUUUAAGUGGGAAUUCUUUUUCCAUGGAGAUACCCAUGGAGAUUGGCAACUUGUCCAAGAUGACAAACCUUCUGCUGGGACAGAAUAAUUUGCAGGGUAAGAUUCCUGCAUCAAUUCAAAAAAUGGAACACCUAAGAAUACUUGAUCUGGAAGAUAAUUUUCUCUAUGGCGAUAUCCCGACAUGGCUGUUUGAUUUCAAAAACAUGAAUGAUUUGCAUCUCGGAGGAAAUAGACUCUCUCUGGGAAACAAGACUAUCCGACCAAAGAGCGUAAACUCGUUAUAUCUAUUAUCUUUGAAAUCUUGCAAUAUUUCUGGCAAAACACCCAUUUGGAUUUCCAAUCUGACCAAUCUUUAUUUCUUGGACUUGAGUCAUAACAACCUCACGGGAAAUUUUCCUCAAUGGCUAGCUGCAAAAAAAUUGUCUUACUUGAUUCUAUCAGCUAAUAAGUUUUCAGGUCCUUUGCCUCCUCCAUUAUUUCAAAACGAGCAGUUAUUGAUUCUCAUUAUUUCAAACAAUAAUUUCUCAGGAUUACUGCCGCAUACUAUUGAUGAAGCUGUUCGAUUGACAGUGCUUAUGCUGUCUGGUAAUUCUUUCUCUGGUGCAAUACCCAAAUCCAUCUCAGCUUUGUCUUCCCUGGUGUUACUGGACUUAUCAAGCAACAAAUUUUCAAGCAAUGAAUUUCCAAUCUUUAAGCAAACUUCACCUUUGGCUUAUAUUGAUCUUUCCUUCAAUAAUCUCUCCGGUGAAGUUCCUGUAACAUUUCCUUUGAAUGUAAAACUGCUUCAAUUAAGCCGAAACCAUUUUUCCGGUUUCUUGCCUCAGAAUCUUUCAAUUUUCAAGCGGCUUCAAUACCUCGAUCUCCAUGACAAUAACAUCACCGGUGAAAUCCCCGAGUUUGUAUGUCUUCUAUCUUCUCUCCGAAUUUUGAAUCUUGGAAGUAAUUCUUUCAACGGAUCCAUUCCGAUGAAUCUGUCGAAUCUUAGUGCUCUGCAAAUUCUCGAUCUUUCUGGUAACAGCCUUAGUGGGAAUAUUCCGAAUAGUUUAAGUAAUCUCACAGGGAUGACCGAUGAACAUGAUGCUUUUUCUCCACAGCCUAUCAUUAGUGAUUCAGAUUUCUUUUCAGUUAUCUACAACCAAUAUUAUAACGUGAGGGAUUUAGAGGUUUUCUGGAAAAACUCCAAAAUGGGUCUUCCAAACCAAAAUCUUCAGAUGUAUACUUUUCUUGACCUAUCAAACAACGGAUUGUCAGGUGAAAUUCCGGAUAGUAUUGGCAGUUUGAAAGGCUUGAAGUCGCUGAAUAUAUCUACGAACAAACUCUCCGGAAAUAUACCAAUGAGUUUUGGUGAAAUGCAAAGCUUGGAGAGCAUGGAUUUAUCCGAUAACAAUAUCUCUGGAGAAAUUCCUGAGACAUUGGCGAAGUUGUUGGAGCUUACUUACUUGGAUUUGAGCAACAACAAAUUGAAGGGUCCAAUUCCAAGCGGUCCUCAGAUGGAUAGGAUGAAUGAUCCAAACUCUUAUGCCAACAACACUGGAUUGUGUGGUAUUCAGAUCGGGGUUCCUUGUGACAAGCCCUUACCUAAACCUGAACCAAACCCAACAGAAGCAGAGACUGAAGCUGAAGAAAGCAGGAGUUGGGAAACUUGGUUUUCAUGGAAAAUGGCAGUUACUGGAUAUCCUUUUGGGCUUUUGUCAACAGUUCUGGUUAUCUAUGUCUCUGGCUAUUUCAAUGUCACUCCUCAACGAGGUCAAAGACUCCGUGUUAGACGUAUCUAA